AUGUACCCCGAUAUAACACUGGAUGCAUACCGGCCACCAGCCGGUCCCAAGGUUUUCCACACACCUGCUGGACGAGCCGAGUCGGUGAGCUCGACCAGCCUUGCCACCGCCCAGUCGAGCAAAACUGUCCUAUCGACUGACCCGAGCGCACCGGACUCGACUCCAGUGCAGAGACCAUUCGUCCAGCGGAAUGGACGCUCCUACCUGCGCGACCAGACAAACCCGUACCCUCUCCCUGUGGACUUGACAGAGCUGCAUCGCCAGUCUCUGCGGACCUUGCUGCUCAUCCAGGUCCAUGGCGCGCCCGUCGCCAGUCCGGCCCUGACGGCCAAGCCGCCCUUGAAGGUGCUAGAUCUCGGCUGCGGAUCGGGCUUCUGGAGCAUGAUGUGCCAUCGCUACUUCAAGAGCCGGGGACACGGAGGCAUACACUUCACAGGCAUGGACGUGGCGUCCGUGGCCCCGAGCAAUGGGGCCGAAGGCGGCAAGCCAGACCGCGACAUGAAGUGGACGUUUGUCCAGCACGACCUCCGCGUCACGCCGUGGCCCUUUGCCGACGGCGAGUUCGACAUGGUCUUCAACAAGGACAUGGCGCUCGCGUGCACCACGUCCCAGCAGGCGACCGUCAUGGACGAGAGCAUCCGCGUCCUCAAGUCGGGCGGCACCCUCGAGAUCUGGGAGACGGACCACUCCAUCCGCAUGCUGCGCAAGCACGUCCCCAGCGCCUCGGCCGCCAACACCCAGGUCGAGGAGCAGGAGGCCGCCUCGACGCUCGGCGCCUACGUCAUCAACACCAACACGCCCCUCUCGCCCCCGCAGUCCGCCUACCUGCAGGAGUACAACGGCUGGCUCAAGCGCGCCAUGGACGCGCGCGAGCUCAUGGUCGAGCCCUGCACCGUUGUCAACCACAACCUCCUCUCCGAGGCCGAGUCUCUCAAGAACAUUGGCUCCCACCGCGUCGCCAUCCCCUUUAGCGAAGUCCGCUGGGAGCGCGAGGGCGUAGGCGGCAUCGUCACCAAGGACGGCAAGUCGUAUCCCACAAAGUCGAAUCGUGAGCAGCCGCCGCAGAUUAUUGAGAAAAAGUCCCUCACGGCAGGUCAGGCCGCGCUGCGCCGGACCGCGCUCCUCACCCUCAUUGAGGAGAUACAGGCGCUGGAGCCCCUGCUGCGCGAACAGAGCGGCAAGAGCCAGGACGAGUGGGACGUGUGGAUGAGCAAGAUGACAACGACGCUCCUCAACGGGGGCGACUACGACACCCGCUGGGGCGAGUGUCUCGAGUCCGGCGCCUGGUGGGCUACGAAGCGGUGA